AUGCUAGCCUUGAGAACACAUCAUCAAGCGCUUAGUAUCCUUUUGUUCAACUCCGCUCAAUUCAAGUUAUAUGCUAGCCUGGAGACCUCAUUGUUCGACAAGCAGCGAACCCUGAUGCUCGAGUGUGUGACAGCUGUCAUUCAAGGAAGGUCAAAUGUGAUCGACAGAACCCAUGCGGCAAUUGCCAGGAUCAAGGCACUCUAUGCACGCGCCUCCGGAGUGUCGUUCCCUAAGCUAGGCUCAUUUCAUGGUCCCGUCAACCCGUCAACUGAUGUCUCGUUACCAUCGAUGUUCCGUGAUGGUUUGUUGAUCGAGGCAUGCGAGGCCACUGUUUGCCCAAUCCCGAUAGGCAACAGUUCUUUUUCAGGCCCAGUCAUUGAUAUGACGCCCAGUAUGAGCGAAUCCAAUAUCUCGGAAGAUCAACAUGUACUCUUUGCCCAGCUAAGAGAACCCACAAAAACGACGAUGCAGGACUGGCUACUCAAGGAGGAUGACCCAGAGACCCUCCGUAGUUUACAUGCGUCUUUGGGCCAAGAGUUUCAGGAGCUCAACCCAACACAUGGAGCUAAUAGUGCGCAGACCCUUGGGCCAUACUCAGCAUUUGAUCUGCAAGAUAUUGAAUUGGACUUUAUACCAAGCAGUAACUACCUGCAAGUACAUAAUUACUCUGCUGACGCGAGGAGCUCAGAUAUGGAUGACAUCGCUCUAGAUAAUAAUGAAUCGCUCGCAGCUGCUACAAAACUCAAGCAGACUGUUGAGGGACCUCAACAGCCAGUUACAGCGAGCCAGAGUCUCAACAACCGACUACUUAACUCAGCUCAACACAACAAGUGUGAUUGCUCUUACAUACCAGAAGGGGAUCAAAUAAUUACACCUGCUGCCGGGAACAGUAUGCAGAACAUUCCAUAUCCAAACCACGCCUGUUACUGCUGGAGAGAGCUCACCGAUAUUCUCGAGAAGAUUGAGCUAAAGGAUAAUACUCUGGAAACCCUAGAGCAAUCUUCUGUGGACUUAGCUCUAUCAUUUCAGCGAAGAGCAGUGGAAAAGUGUACAGCAAUGAUUGCUUGCAACUACUGUCGGUCAUCCUCUGAGAGGAUGAUGCUCCUCGGCUUAAUAGUGCAUAAGCUUGUUAUGAAAUUUGGGGAUCUUAUAAGGGUAUGCCAAGGGAAAGGAAUAUUCCAAGCUCUUCCAGAUCCUCAUCCUAGCUCUAGUAAUGAUCAAGCAGCCUGGUCCUUGAUAAGAUCCCAAGUCUCAGCGUCCAGUUCCAACAUUUACUUUCCGAACACCACGAACAUGGAGCGAAGGCUGUUCCUCGGAGAUUAUCAAGUUCGGUCUGCAGAAUGGGCACCCUUGAUGAAAACAUUAAUCACACUCUACGCCGAGAAGUUGGAGUCCUUAUUAAGUUGCUGCAAAACGUGGGCUACAGCAGCAAAUCAGAGUGCAAUGCUUGCCAUGUUCUCCAACGUGGAAGAACAGUUUAAAAUCAUCUCGGCCAUACUUUGA